GCUCUGCAGACUCGCAGGAAGUCAUUUCAUUAACCGGAAAGCAGAAUUCUGGUAACUUUGGAGGUGGAGAUAAUUGGAUAGGGUUUAUAUGAUCAUUUGGGAAGAAGGCAUCUUCCUAAUCAGAUUUACUCCAAUACCUUCACGGAUCCUCAUGUGUGGAUUUUAACGACUUGGAGAAUCAGCACCCUCUGGACUGAAUCUGCACAAUGGAGACAGCGCUAGCAAAAAUGCCACAGCAAAGGCAAGUCUUUUUUCUUACUACAUUGUUGCUACUGUGGAAAUAUGGCUCUGGGGCAAUUAGAUAUUCCAUGCCAGAAGAAAUGGAGAGUGGCUAUUUGGUGGCAAACAUGGCAAAAGAUCUGGGGCUCAGGGUUGGAGAACUGGCCACUAGAGGAGCUCAAAUCCAUUACAAAGGAAACAAAGAGCUCUUGCAGAUGGAUGCAGAGACUGGGAAUUUGUUCUUAAAGGAAAAACUAGACCGGGAGGCACUGUGUGGGGCGACAGAAACCUGUGUGCUGCACUUCCAGAUCAUACUGGAAAACCCUGUGCAGUUCUUCCAAACUGAACUGCAGCUCACAGAUAUAAAUGACCACUCUCCAGCAUUCUCUGACAAGGAAAUGCUUCUAACAAUUUCUGAGAGCGCCAAUCCAGGGACUGUGUUUCCUCUGAAGGCAGCUCAGGACUCUGACAUAGGGAGCAACGCUGUUCAGAACUACACACUCAGCCCCAACCUCCAUUUCCAUGUGGUUACUCUCAGUCGCUCAGAUGGCAGGAAAUACCCAGAGCUGGUGCUGGACAGAGCCCUAGACAGGGAGGAACAACCUGAGCUCGCUUUAAUCCUCACCGCUCUGGAUGGCGGAUCCCCACCCAGGUCAGGAACCACCGAAGUUCACAUUGAAGUCGUGGACAUCAAUGAUAACGCCCCCCAGUUUAUACAGUCACUCUAUGAGGUACAGAUUCUUGAAAAUAGCCCUCUUGAUGCCUUAGUUGUCACGGUCUCUGCCAAGGAUUUAGAUGCUGGAAUACAUGGUACUGUAACCUACUCUCUGUUUCAAGGUGGUGAACUAUCUCAACCAUUUGUAAUAGACAAAAUCACAGGAGAAAUUCGCCUUAAAGGGGCACUGGAUUUUGAGGCAACUCCGUAUUAUAACAUGGAAAUUGUAGCUACAGACCCAGGAGGCUUUUCAGGAAAGUGCACUGUAGCAAUACAGGUGUUGGACGUGAAUGACAACCCCCCAGAGUUGAUGAUCAGGAAGCUCACAGUCCCUGUCCCAGAAAAUUCUGCAGAGACUAUGGUUGCUGUCUUCAGUGUUUCUGAUUCUGAUUCGGGGGACAAUGGAAGGAUAGUGUGUUCUAUUCAGAAUGAUAUCCCAUUUCUCCUGAAACCCACAUAUGAAAAUUAUUAUACUUUAGUAACUGAGGGACCACUUGAUAGAGAGAGAAGAGCUGAAUACAACAUCACCAUCACUGUCUCUGACCUGGGCACACCCAGGCUCACAACCCAGCACACCAUAACAGUGCAGGUGUCUGACAUCAAUGACAACGCCCCCACCUUCACACAAACCUCCUAUACCCUGUUUGUGCAAGAGAACAACAGCCCCGCUCUUCACAUUGGUACCAUCAGUGCCACAGACUCAGACUCAGGCUCCAAUGCCCACAUCACCUACUCGCUGCUGCCUCCCCAAAACUCACAACUGGCCCUCGCCUCGCUAGUCUCCAUCAAUUCAGACAAUGGGCAGCUGUUUGCGCUCAGGGCGAUGGACUAUGAGAUGCUUCAGGCCUUCGAAUUCCACGUGGAUGCCACAGAUGGAGGCUCACCUGCGCUCAGCAGCCAGGCCCUCGUGCGUGUGGUAGUGCUAGAUGACAAUGACAAUUCACCUUUCGUGCUCUACCCGAUGCAGAAUGCCUCAGCACCCUGUACGGAGCUAUUGCCCAGGGCAGCAGAGCCGGGAUACCUGAUCACCAAGGUGGUGGCUGUGGAUCGUGACUCUGGCCAGAAUGCCUGGCUGUCGUUCCAGCUGCUCAAGGCUACAGAGCCAGGGCUGUUCAGCGUGUGGGCGCACAAUGGCGAGGUGCGCACCACCAGGCUGCUGAGUGAGCGUGAUGCUCCAAAGCACAAGCUCUUGCUGCUGGUCAAGGACAAUGGCGAUCCCAUGCGCUCUGCCAGCGUCACUCUUCACGUGCUAGUGGUGGAUGGCUUCUCGCAGCCUUACCUGCCAUUGGCAGAGGUGACGCGGGAUUCCACGGAGGACGAUUAUGACGUGCUCACGCUGUACCUAGUCGUUGCCUUGGCAUCUGUAUCUUCUCUCUUUCUCUUGUCUGUGCUGUUGUUUGUCGGAGUGAGGCUGUGCAGGAGGGCCAGGGCAGCCACCCUGGGUGACUACUCAGUACCUGAGGGACACUUUCCUGGCCACUUGGUGGAUGUCAGUAGAGCAGGGACCCUGUCCCAGAGCUACCAAUAUGAGGUGUGUCUUAAUGGAGGUACUGGAACAAACGAGUUCAACUUUCUUAAACCAUUGUUUCCUAUUCUUCCGACCCAGGCUGCUGCUGAAGAAAGAGAAAAUGCUGUUGUGCGCAAUAGUGUUGAAUUCUAUUAGAACAUUUAUUUUGAAGCGGUGACCUAAUUUUUCCUUAACUCUCUCUCUCUCUGAUGUAGAAUUGUAUAGUGCCAUGAGUCAACUCUUGAGAUAUAUGUGUAAUUUAUCCUUUGUUUUGGAUCAAACUAUUCAGAGGUGAUCCCACUCUAGAGAACUUGGUUCUUCUGCUUUGUGUUUGUUUAUAUUUCUAUUCCAUACCAGUGCAUGCUGGAUUUUUUAAAUAUUAUAAUUUUGCUUUUGGGGGGACUUGUAUUUGCUGUAACAAAUUGGAACUGCUGUCAUUGUUAGAGAUGACUUGUUUCGUUUUUGUUAUUUCAGACAGGGUCUUACACUGUAGCCCUGGCUGACCUGAAAUGACUAUGUACAAAUGGACUUUAAAUUUCUGGCAGUCCAUCUGCUUCUGUUGCCCUAUGUCCAGAUUAUGAGCAUGAACAAGUAGACUCAGCUGUGGUGAAAUGCCUCAGUAACAAUCAAAUACUAGUUGUAUUUUCUGUUUAUUCUAGCCACUUUAUUUCUCGAUAGUCUUUUUGAUGCUAUGUUAAAAAUGGAAACUGUGGGACAGCAUUCUCUUUAUUGUUGGUGGUAUAAAUAUAAAUAAUGUUUGCACAUGACAUCUGAGGAAGCAAUAGAAUCAUUAUGGACUUCUUUGUUUUAUUUUGCUUUUUUGUUUGUUUGUUUUUUCCUGUCUUGUUCCCUGUGAUCAAAAAAAAAAAUCUGUUAAGGCUUUAAGUCAAAUUAUAGCAUGACAAAAUAAAAAAAAAAACCCUAAUGUUCAUCUGAAUGUGGUUUCACAAAGUAAGUAUAUGUCAUUUCAUCAGUGCAAUGGGAAAAUGAAAUAUUACUAACAUUCCAGGUGCCACUCAAAUGACCCUUUACAACCACUAUUGUCCAAAGUAUAGCAAGCAUGCUGACUUCCAAUCCUAUAGUUCUGCCUCUUUUGAGUUUAUGUAAAUUUCUUGUAGGUUACCAGUUGCUUCUUUCACUCUGUAUU